CGGACCCACCCGGGCGCGGAGGCGCCAGGGCGCCCAGACGACGGCGAGAUGACUGCCGGCAGCCCCGGAGACCGCGUGGAGGUGCGGAGGAGCCCCGAGGGCCGCGUCUCUCGCCUGGGCCGCCGCCUGGGCCGCCGCAGGCGCCCGCGCUCCCCGCCGGAGCCUCUGCGGGUGCGGGCGCGGCUGAGGCUGCGCUCGCCGUCGGGGGCGUUCGCCGCGCUGGGGGCGCUCGUGGUACUGGUGGGCAUGGGCAUCGCAGUGGCAGGCUACUGGCCGCACCGGGCUGGGGCCCCAGGGCCCCGGGCUGCCAAUGCCAGCGCGCCCCCCGUGAGCGAGCUGCGACGCGAGGGUCGCGGUGCUGGUCGGGCCCACGGCCCGCACGAGCGGCUGCGGCUCCUUGGGCCCGUGGUCAUGGGCGUCGGCCUGUUCGUGUUCAUCUGUGCCAACACGCUUCUCUACGAAAAUCGUGACUUGGAGACGAAACGGCUUCGCCAGGGUGUACUGCGGGCUCAGGCGCUCCGGCCCCCCGAAGGCCCUGGCUGGGAUUUUGCUCUCCUCCCCAGCCCCAGCCCAAGGACUCCCCGAGCCAUAGGCUGUGCGGAACCAGAAAGUUGGGACCUAUCCCCACGUCGGGGUACCUCACCUGUCCCAUCAGUGCGGAGUCUGCGUUCUGAACCUGCUAAUCCUCGUUUGGGGUUACCUGCCCUGCUCAACAGUUACCCGCUGAAGGGCCCGGGGCUGCCCUCCCCUUGGGGUCCACGGACCCAGACUGGCCAUGUGAUUAUCACCGUGCAGCCUUCUGGUUCCUGCAUUGAACACUCCAAGUCUCUGGAUCUGGGCCUUGGAGAGCUCCUGCUUGGGGCCCCAGCUACACGGGACUGUGCUCACCGAAGCUGGCCUCGGCUGGAUCGCCUCAGUCCGGAGGGUUAUGCCAAGUUGGGAGGGGGAGGGGACUUGGGGGCUCGGGUUUGAGGAGCAGGGGAUAGACGGCUAUGAGGCUGCAGCAUGGACCAUGGUAACAGGACCAGGAGUCCCAAUGUCUAGCAGAUGUUUUGAUCAUAUCCCAGCCUGGGGAGUGGAUGCUCUGGCCCCAGCAGCUGAUAAAGGCAUCCUGACUUGCAUGUCAGCAGAGAAAUGCCAACUGCACAAGGGUUCAAUAAGCUGAAAUGUGUUUUACCGUGGAUUCUGGAGACCAGCAUGACUCGGCCUCAGGAAUUCCUUCAGCCUACAAAGUGGCCUUAGCCCUGAACAGGUACCUUCAGGGGGCUGGAGGCUCAGGCCAGGGCAAC